AUGGCUAAUCUCGCCCCGUCUGUGUUGCGGCAGGCAUCGCGUCUUGCUACCAGAUCAUCGUCGUCGACGUCGUCUCUGUUCGCUGCUGCACCUCGCCGCGCCGCGACUCUUCUUUCGCGCCGUGCGGCGAUCGCUCCGGCAACCCAUGCGCACCCCUCCCGCCGCGCAUCCAGGAGCUAUGUAACCGACACAAAAGCCGACAAUGCUCAGGCUCAGACCGAGGCAGCUGUCAGGUUAGACAGCCAGGAGCUUGAGAAGGCAGAGAAGUCAGUCCCGUCGUUCGAGGCGCAGAAUGGCUCGACGACCCACGUCAGCCCGAUGGCUGACAUCCUGAAGGGUGCUACCCGGAUGGGCGAAGGCCAGCGGCCCAUCUACCUCGAUAUGCAAGCUACAACUCCCGUCGACCCGCGGGUGUUGGACGCCAUGCUGCCCUACUAUGUCGGCAUCUUCGGUAACCCCCACUCGCGGACACACGCCUACGGCUGGGAGACCGAGCGUGCUGUUGAGAAGGCCCGUGAGCACAUCGCUGCCUUGAUCGGCGCCGAUCCCAAGGAAAUCAUCUUUACCAGCGGUGCUACCGAGAGUAACAAUAUGAGCAUCAAAGGUGUCGCCCGCUUCUUUGGCCGCACUGGCAAGAAGAGGCACAUCAUCACCAGCCAGACAGAGCAUAAGUGUGUGCUUGAUAGCUGCCGGCAUCUCCAGGAUGAGGGCUACGAGGUCACUUAUCUACCUGUUAACAAUAAGGGCCUCAUCAAUUUGGACGAACUCAGGGAUGCCAUCCGUCCUGAUACUGCCCUGGUCAGUAUUAUGGCUGUGAACAAUGAAAUCGGCGUCAUCCAGCCCAUUGCAGAGAUUGGCAAGAUUUGCCGCGAGAAGAAGGUGUUCUUCCACACCGAUGGUGCUCAGGCCGUCGGCAAAAUUCCGAUCGACGUCAACGCCAUGAACAUCGAUCUCAUGUCUAUUUCCUCCCACAAGAUUUAUGGACCUAAGGGCAUCGGUGCUUGCUACGUGCGCCGCCGCCCAAGGGUCAGGAUCGAGCCCAUCAUCAGCGGCGGUGGGCAGGAGCGUGGUUUGCGCAGUGGUACACUGGCUCCUGCCCUUGUCGUCGGCUUUGGAGAGGCGUGUCGCAUCGCCAAAGAGGAGCUUGAGUAUGACCUCAAGCACGUCAAGCGACUCUCGGAGCGUCUCCUCAAGGGAGUACUUUCUAUCGAGUGCACCCACCAAAACGGUGAUCCCGAGAACGGCUACCCGGGUUGUGUCAAUGUGUCUUUUGCUUACGUCGAGGGCGAGUCACUCCUGAUGGCUCUCAACGACGUCGCGCUCUCUUCGGGUAGCGCCUGCACAUCGGCAUCACUGGAGCCCAGUUACGUGCUUCGUGCACUGGGUAACAGUGAUGAGAAUGCUCACUCCAGUAUCCGUUUCGGUAUCGGUCGCUUCACCACAGAAGCUGAGAUCGAUUACGUCGUUAAAGCUGUCCAGGAUCGUGUCGGCUUCCUGCGCGAGCUGAGCCCCCUGUGGGAGCUGGUGCAAGAGGGUGUCGAUCUGAACACGAUUGAGUGGACUCAGCAUUAA